AUGAAGAGGUCGCGGUAUAAGAAGGGCGACGGUGGCCGUGAUGGCAAGUCCCAACAUGUGCCUGCCGCCCCACACCAGCCAAAACCCGAUCGAUACGUGCGUCUCAAACAGUAUCUCUCUGCGGUUCUGACCAUGGUUUUCAUUGCUUACGCGUUGGCGACAUGCCUCUACCUCUCCGUCCCGGCGUGGUCUGCGGCGCUACGCGGUCGGACCACCGGUCCCGUCGUGGACGUUAAGAACGGCUCCUACGCCGGUAUCCACAACGCAAACUAUAACCAAGAUUUCUUCCUCGGGAUGCCGUACGCCAAGACUCCUGAGCGCUUCCACGUCCCUGAGAGCCUGAACACGGCAUGGAACGACACCCGCCCUGCCACGCAAUACCCCAAGCACUGUAUCGGCUAUGGCGGGGACAUGGUCGGCUAUGAGUCCUCGGAGGACUGCCUGUACCUUAACGUCGUCCGCCCGGCUGGCGUGAGCCCGGACGCAAAGCUGCCCGUGGCCGUCUGGAUCCACGGAGGCGGUCUGUACAUGGGAGGUUCGGCCGACAGGCGGUAUAACCUUUCCUUCAUCGUCGACAACAGCGUCAAGCAGGGUACCCCGGUCAUCGGGGUCAGCCUCAACUACCGCCUCUCCGUCUUUGGGUUCCCCGGCGGCAAGCAGGCCCUCGAUGCCGGCGUCACGAACCUCGGCUUCAGGGACCAGCGCCUGGCGCUGCACUGGGUCAACGAGAACAUUGCGAGAUUCGGCGGCGCGCCAGACAAGGUCACCAUCUUUGGUGAAAGCUCCGGCGCCGAGAGCGUUUCUGCGCAUGUGCUGGCGUACAACGGGCGCAAUGACGGCCUCUUCCGAGCGGCAGCCGCUCAGUCCGGAUUCGGAGGUGUCAUCCCCCGCGGGACCGGCGGCUUCAACUCCACCUCGUACCAGACGAACUACGACCAGUUGGUCGGCAACAUCACCGCGUGCGCUUCCACCGUCGGCACCCCAGAGUCUAUCGAGUGCCUGCGCACCGCACCCCUAGAGGAGUUCAACGCGGUGCUCAACGUGACGAGCCCGCCCUUCACCUUCAUCCCCAUCAAGGAUGGCGACUUCUUCGUGGACUUUGCCACCAACCAGCUCGCCCGUGGGGACUUUGUCAAGGUUCCCGUCCUCAUCGGGUCUAACACGGAUGAGGGAACCGCCUUUGGGCAGGGCAGAGGACCCAACGGCGGGCCGGUCAACGCGGACGAGGACAUGGCAUACGCCGUGGGCAGCGUCAUCCCGCCGCACGCCGAGGAGAGGACGGGGCAGACCAACGAGGAGCUUGUGGAUGAGGCGCUGGCGUUGUACCCUGAUGACCAGGCCGUCGGCAUCCCGAGCCUCGAGACGUGGCCGCACGUCAUCCAGCCCGGCGAGCCCAUUGCCGUGGCGCGGGGUCUGCAGCAGCGCCGCAGCGGGGCCUUCUUUGGAGACAUGUUUUUCGGGUUCGUGCGACGGAGAGCCAACACCGUCUGGUCAGAGAAUGGCGUGCCCUCCUUUGCCUACCGCUUCGACGUCACGCCGAACGGCUCCCCGGAGUACAUCGGCUCAACCCACUUUUCAGAUGUUGCCUUCGUCUUUGACAACGUCGACGGCCUGGGCUACGCCACGAACCCCUUUGGCGGCAACGACACGGCGUACACGGCCAAGGCCGUCGCGCUCGCAAAGACCAUGUCGACCGCGUGGGUCAACUUCUUCGUGGGCCUCGACCCCAACGGCGCGCCGGGCCUGGGCGCGUGGCCCGUUUACGACACCGCCAGCGAGGCCGGGGUGGGCAGCGACAUCGUCUUUGGCAUCGACGGCACCGCCGUGGAGAGGGAUGACUGGCGCAAGGAAGGCAUGGACUGGAUGAUUGAGCACGCGCUGGACAUCUUUGGAAACUAA